AUGUCCACUCGCAAAAGGAAGCAGGCGGAUGAGGAGCUCGUGGCUCUUCCCAGCGGUGACGAGGAAGAGGAGGAGGAGUAUCUGAGUGACGGAGAUGACUUCGAGGAGGGUGAUGACAGUGACGAGGAUGACGAGGAGGAAGAGGAAGACGAGGCUGAAGCUCUUGAAGAGGAGAAAAAGACUCCUGCUGUGCAUCCCAAGAAGAAGCAGAAGGUUACCUCUACUAGUAAUGAGCCUGUCGCCAAGAACGGCAAUGGCGUGGUGAAGAACGGGACGACGGUCGAGGACGAAGGCGAGGAAGAGGAGGAAGACGCCGAGGGCGAUGAAGACGAUGUGCCCGAUGACGUCUAUGAUGAAAAGGCUGAUAGCGAUGUUGAAGAAGUCACUGUCAAGAAAUCCGGCAAAACAGCUGACAAGACCGUUCCAUCUUCCGCCGGUGAAGAGGUUGCAAAGGAAGAGAUCAUUAUCGAUGGUGACGAAGAGGACUAG